UUCCUGUGAAAUUGGGGCUUCGUUCAGAGGAGGGCACUGCGGACUUGUCUCUUCAUCUAAUUUUGCGAAGAAAAAGAGGUUCGCGGCUACUGGAAAAUACUAAAUAUAUCAAAUAAGUACACUUUUAUACAACCAAAUAGUAUACAAUAUUUUUCCUUUCGCAAUGGAGUAACUGUUUAAGGAAUGACCCGUGGGGGAGUAAAUCGACCGUGACUUUUUGCAGGAGGAGAAAGUAGCUCCCUUUGCCAACAAGGCAAUUGUUGCUGUGUCUACGCUGGGUAGCGGUCACUACGGAUAUUUUAAAAAGGAUAGAUACAUUUACGUAUGUUGCCUCGGCAAUAAAUCACGAGGAGAAGAUGGACCUGAAACUACUUCUGGUAUCAACAUUGUUAGCAGUCAUUUGUUACAGCAGUGCGCAGCAAGAAGGGAACGAGUGCAUCAAGGCCAAUGCCAAAUCCUGUGGGGAGUGUAUUCAAGUGGGAGCGAAAUGUGGAUGGUGCACAGACCCAGAGUUUCUUAAGCAGGGUGAGGCCACGUCGACCCGCUGUGACGAGCUGGAAUCCCUGAGGAAGAGAGGUUGCGGCGGCGCCAAGGUAGAGAACCCCCGAGGCAGCCAGUGGGUCCUGAAGAACAAGGCUGUGACCAACCGCAACAAGGGAGCAAAGAAACUCAGACCAGAGGAUAUCACACAGAUCCAGCCCCAGAAACUCACCCUUAGCCUCAGAUCUGGUGAACCCCAGUCUUUUAAUCUGAAGUUCAAACGAGCUGAGGAUUACCCCAUCGACCUCUACUACCUGAUGGACCUCUCCUACUCAAUGAAGGAUGAUCUGGAAAAUGUAAAGAACCUGGGAACACAGCUGAUGCUGGAGAUGUCAAAGAUCACAUCUGAUUUCAGAAUUGGUUUUGGUUCCUUUGUUGAGAAAACUGUGAUGCCUUACAUAAGCACCACCCCAGCCAAGCUGCUGAACCCCUGUACUGGGGACCAGAACUGCACCAGUCCAUUCAGCUAUAAGAACGUCCUGAAGCUGACCAGCAAUGGACAGGAGUUCAACACCCUGGUGGGACAACAGCAGAUCUCUGGAAACCUGGACUCACCAGAGGGAGGCUUUGAUGCCAUCAUGCAAGUGGCUGUCUGUGGUGAGCACAUUGGCUGGAGGAACGUCACCCGUCUGCUGGUGUUUUCCACUGAUGCUGGCUUCCACUUUGCUGGAGAUGGGAAACUGGGAGGGAUUGUUCUGCCCAACGAUGGGAAAUGCCACCUGGAGAACAACAUGUACACCAUGAGCCACUACUAUGACUACCCCUCCAUCGCCCAUCUGGUUCAGAAACUAAGUGACAACAACAUCCAGACAAUCUUUGCCAUCACAGAGGAGUUCCAGCCUGUUUACAAGGAGUUGAAGAAUCUCAUUCCUAAGUCUGCAGUGGGGACACUCUCUGCAAACUCCAGCAACGUUAUCAACCUUAUUAUUGAUGCCUACAAUUCUCUUUCCUCAGAGGUGAUUCUGGAGAACAGUAAGCUAGCAGAGGGAGUUACCAUCACGUACCAGUCACGCUGCAAGAAUGGAGUGACUGGUGAGGGAGAGAUGGGAAGAAAAUGUUCUAACAUCUCCAUUGGAGACGAGGUGUCUUUCAACAUAAGCAUCACAGCUAAGCAGUGUCCUAAGAUGGGCAAACCAGAGACCAUCAAGAUCAAACCCCUUGGGUUCACAGAGGAGGUGGAGAUCGCUCUGAACUUCAUCUGUGAAUGUGACUGUCACAAAAACGGCACUGAGAACAGUGAAAUCUGCCACAACGGCAACGGGACAUAUGAAUGUGGAGCCUGCAGGUGCAACGAGGGCCGUAUAGGUAGACAUUGUGAGUGCAGCACCAACGAAGUGACCAGUGAAGACCUGGAUAAGAACUGUCGUAAAGACAAUGGUACAGACAUCUGCAGCAACAAUGGAGACUGUGUGUGUGGAUCCUGCGAGUGUAAGAAGAGGGAGAACCCAGAGGAACGCUACAGUGGAAAGUUCUGCGAUUGUGACAACUUUAACUGUGACCGCUCCAACAACAAACUCUGUGGAGGACAUGGUCGUUGUGAGUGCAGGGUGUGUAUCUGUGAUGCCAACUGGACGGGCAGUGCCUGUGACUGUUCUCUGGACACCACAACCUGCCUGGCCUCUAACAAGCAGAUCUGUAAUGGCCGGGGCACCUGUGAGUGUGGCACCUGCAAGUGCACUGACCCCAAGUUCCAGGGGCCUACCUGUGAGAUCUGUCCCACCUGUCCAGGAGUCUGCGCAGAACACAAGGAGUGUGUUCAGUGCAGGGCCUUUGGGACGGGGGAAAAGAAGGAGACGUGUGAGAGGGACUGUAGCUACUUCAACCUGAUUAAGGUGAAGGACCGAGACAAGCUGCCCCAGCCAGGACAGGCCUUCCCCCUGAUGCACUGUAAGGAGAGGGAUGCCAAUGACUGCUGGUUCUACUACACCUACGCUGUCAACAACAACACAGAGAAGGAGGUCCAUGUGGUGGAAACACUAGACUGCCCUGCGGGCCCGGACAUCAUCCCCAUCGUGGCUGGCGUUGUAGCGGGCAUUGUGCUGAUCGGCCUGGCUUUGCUGCUCAUUUGGAAGCUGCUCAUGAUCAUCCACGACAGGAGGGAGUUCGCCAAGUUUGAAAAGGAGAAGAUGAAUGCUAAAUGGGACACGCAAGAGAAUCCUAUAUAUAAGAGCCCUAUUAAUAAGUUCCAGAAUCCAAUCUAUGGACGUAAAGCUGCGGUUCUAUAAGGAGAAAAUCCCAUCUACAAGAGUGCUGUUACGACAGUGGUUAACCCCAAAUAUGAAGGCAAAUGAUGGAGUUUCAGUUCUCCCAGAACAACACUGUAUGCAAAUAUAGUUCUAGGGCAUGAGAGGUAUGAGGGGGGUGUAAUUUUUGUCUUUGGUAAUUUCUUCUUCUUGUCGCUUCAGUAUUAUAACGUUACAUUUGGCCACUACAUUUGGUCUUCUUACUAACAAUUUAUUUUCUAUGCAAUCAUUGUCUUUUAAAAUGUACAGUUAGUUAUGUGUAUAUACUUUAAGGUGCUUUUUUUUCUUGAAGAAUUGGUUAGAAAUAAGGUUUUUGCCACAGGACUGUUAUGGGCCAUGGGUUGUGCCUUUCAGAGACCAUACCCAUAUGGGCGCAGACAGUGCUCUCUUUCUCUUCAUGGACUUGUUAUUAUUGUGCCAUUGAGUGUCAGACAGCACCUGAGACUAAAGCAUACCAAUAUUUUGCAUUAUGGCUGUGAAGUAUUUUUUCAACCAUAGGGUACAUAUGUAGUAAACAUUGAUUUUGCCUUGCGAUAGACUAGCAUCCAUGAAAAAUGAAUGAUUUCAUAAAACUGUCAUAAACAGGCUAUUUUAAAGGGAUUAAAACCACUUGUAUUAAUGGGAUAAAGAAAUGUAAAUCACUUAAUUACAUAAUCAAUUGAGAUGCAUUUGUGACAAAAUUAGAAGUUCCAUUUAUUUUUAGUAUAAUUUAGUUUUAUUCUAUAAGAUUUCAGUAUUCAACCUCAGGUCCUUUUCUGUACUCAUUACUAGCUAAGCCAAAUCUCUGCCUUCUUUGCAAAGCCUUAUUCCAUGUGUUUCAUGUUGAUCAAUGUUUAACAAAUUGUAAACUUUGUUCUUAAAACAUACUGAUUGAUACAAGUUAGCUUGUUUUAAUCUGUUGUUUCCCCCUUUUGAAAUCAUUGGGCUGGGGUAACCCCUCAUCUGCAGUGCUUGUGUAAGAUCAGUAUUAAGUGAAAGGCCUCUUGGAAUUGUUUUAAAAUACAAAAACUCCUCAAAAUACCACAUCUUGUUUUUAAAGUGCCUUUUAUUUCAAUAUUAUGUUCACUUUUCCCAGUGCUGUUUCUGAAUUUAUUUAUUAAAUAAGUACCUAAAUGA